AAAAAUGUCAGAAUCCAAAUUAAUUGCUUUCGGUAGAGUUGCCACCACUCUUGAAAUCGGUAUUGUUGGUUUGCCAAACGUUGGUAAAUCCACCUUCUUCAACGUUUUAACUAAUUCUCAAGUUCCUGCUGAAAACUUUCCUUUCUGUACCAUUGAUCCAGCCACAUCUCGUGUUGCUGUUCCUGAUGAAAGAUUUGAUUGGUUAGUUGGACAUUGGCAACCAGCUAAUCAUGUUCCAGCUAUCUUGAACGUUACCGAUAUUGCUGGUUUGGUUAAGAAUGCUUCCGAAGGUGAGGGUUUGGGUAACGCUUUCUUGUCUCACAUUCGUGCCACCGAUGCCAUCUUCCAUAUGGUUAGAACUUUUGAUUCUAAGAAUAUUACUCACGUAGAAGGUAGUAUUGACCCAGUUAGAGACAUCAAGAUUAUUGAAACUGAAUUGAUUAAAAAGGAUAUCUCCUACUUGGAAAAUAUUAGAGGACCAACUGAAAAGCUUGCCAAGCAAAAGAAGGAAAAGAAGGAUGAAUUGGACAGUAUUGACAAGGCUCUUGCCAUGUUGAAGGAAGGUCGUGAAGUUAGAUUUGGUGAUUGGAAUGGAAAGGAAAUUGAAAUUUUGAAUCCUCACCAAUUGUUGACUACCAAACCAAUGAUUUACCUUGUCAACAUGACUCCAAAGGAUGUUGUUGAUCCAGAAAAGAAUGAAUGGAUUGCCAAGAUUAGAGAAUAUGUCAGCUCAAAGGGUGAUGCUGAACCAGUCAUUCCAUACAGUGCUGCUUUCGAAAAGAAAUGGCAAGAAACUGAUGAAGAAAAGAGAAAGGAAUUGACAGGAAAGGGUAUCACAUCCAAGCUUCCAGAAAUCAUCAAGAUUGGUUACAAGACUCUUAACUUGAUUUACUACUUUACUGCUGGUAAGGAUGAAGUCAAGGCUUGGACAAUUAAGAGAGGUACUAAGGCUCCACAAGCUGCCGGUAAAAUUCACUCUGACUUUGAAAAGGGUUUCAUUUGUUGCGAAGUUAUGAAGUUUGAAGAUUACAAACAAUAUGGAAGUGAACUUGAAUGUAAGAACAAUGGUAAACUCAAAGAAAAGGGUAAAGUUUACGAAGUCGAAGAUGGUGACAUUAUCUUCUUCAAAUUCAACACUGCUGGUGGUGGUCCAAAGAAGAAGUAAAUUAUAAAGAUAAUUAAAUUAUUAUUAUG